AUGGCCGAUGCCUACGUUGCACAGAAGAUCGCUGCGGUCCUCCCGCCGCCCGCUUUCAGCGACAUUGCGAAGUCAUCCAACGACCUCAUCAACAAGGACUUCUACCACGCUGCUGCAGCCCAGCUCGAGGUCAAGCUCAAGGCUCCCAACGGUGUCAACUUCACCGCCAAGGGCACGUCGGCGCAUGAUGGACCCGUCUCUUCCUCGCUCGAGGGCAAGAAGUCGCUCUCCAACGGCAUCAGCAUCACCCAGUCGUGGAAUACUGCCAACCUCCUCGCCACCAAGGUUGAGCUCAAUGACACCCUCGCCUCUGGCCUGAAGACUGAGAUCCUCAACAACUUCAAGCCUGAUGCCGGCAACCAGGGCCAAAAGGUCAACUUCUUCUUUAAGCAGAACAACUUCCACGGCCGUGUCUUCGGUGAUCUCAAGGCCUCUGGCGCCGUCAGUGCCAUCGCCGAUGCUGUCCUGAGCCACGAGGGCUUCCUCGUCGGUGGUGAGGUCGGCUACGACGUCCAAAAGGCUGCCAUCACCAAGUACUCCGCUGCCGUCGGUUAUACCACCCCCAUCUACAACGCCGCCAUUACCGCCACCAACUCUCUCAGCGUCUUCUCCGCUGCCUACUACCAGAAGGUCAACACCGCCGUUGAGGCUGGUGCCCGCGCCACCUGGGAUUCCAAGGCCCAGGGUGCCGUUGGCCUUGAGCUUGCUGCCAAGUACAAGAUCGACCCUGCGUCGUUCGCCAAGGCCAAGAUCAACAACCUCGGCAUUGCGUCCCUCGCCUACAACACCAAGGUCAACAGCGGCCUAACCUUCGGCGUUGGUGGCUCUUUCGAUACCCAGAAGCUCAACGAGUCUGGUCACAAGCUCGGCACCAGCUUUACUUUUGAGGGAUAA